AUGCCUUCGUUCCUAAUGAGAACUUCACACGGUCUUAUCACCAUCUACGACUCAAAUCUAAAGAACGACCAGCCCGCCCUCCUUCUCCUACACGGCAACGCCUCAUCCUCCAAACAGUUCCGCCAUAUUAUCGAGUCGCCCACGAUCAACAAGAGCUGGCGCAUCGUUACUCUGGACCUCCCCGGCCACGGCUGCUCGUCCAAUGCCCCUGAUGUGAAAACAACGUACUGUCAUCGUGGCUACGCCGACCUCGUUAUACGUGUCUUGCAGCACCUCAGAAUCGAGUCUGUGGUGCUCAUGGGCUGGAGUCUGGGUGGUCACAUCGCGAUCGAAAUGCUUCCCUGUCUCGCUCAUGACGAUCCUCCCAUGGUGGAAGAUGCUCCUCGGAUCAGCGUCAAAGGGCUUAUGCUUAUCGGUACCCCGCCCUCGCGUGGCGCCGAGCAGAUGGCUCAAGCGUUCAAGAUGCCGGCUGGUGGUCUUACAUUCGCGGGGAACAGGAAUUGGGUCAAUUUGGAGGCUGACCUUUACCUGAGACACGGUGUGGCAGCGGGCAAGGAAGAGUUCUAUGAGAGGUGGAUGUUGGAGGAUGCGAAGCGGACGGAUGGGCGCGCGACAGUCUUCAUAGCUGAUGCCGCGACUGGGACGAAGGAUAGCCCGCCCAAGGGUUGCGAUCAGAAGCGUGUGGUGGAGGCGACUGAUGUGUUGAUCGCGGUCGUGAACGGAAUGGAAGAUCAGUUUGUCAACCUGGAUUAUAUCGACGAGGAGGUGAAGUGGAAAAGGCUCUGGAGGGGUGAGUGCUUGGGCUUAUCUGGGCUCGGGCAUGCGCCAUUUUGGGAAGAUGCGGCAGGGUUUGAGAAGGUGUUGGAGGAGUUUUUGGACGAUUGUGAGGAGUGGGAGGGUUCGGAUUGUGAUUCUGCUGUAGGUAUUUAG